ACAACCCGACCAUCUUAUAAGUGGUAUUAAAAAUUGUAAAAAAAAUGCCAACGAUUGAAAGAGUCGCUGAAGGUUGUAUUCUGGGUGAAGGACCCCAUUGGGACGCUUCCACUCAAAGUCUAUUCUUGGUUGACGUACCAGGAAGGCAGAUUUUGAAAUACACACCAUCAACCAACAAACUGACGAAGGCUCCAGUUGAAAAACAGCCAUCAUUUAUUAUACCCGUGGAAGGAAAAAUCAACGAAUUUGUUAUCUCGCAAGGGAACGAACUGGUUGUUGUAUUUUGGGACGGCGAAACUGAAGAUGUGAAAAUACUACAAAACAUUAGUAAAGUGGCGACUUCAGUCGAAAUUCCAAACUAUUUCAACGACGCUAAAUGUGAUUCCUCUGGACGAUUAUGGACUGGAACUGUUAGCAUUGCCGCUGAUAUUUUCAAAACCCAACCUCUAGGCACUCUGUACAGUGUUGACGCGACCAAACAACUCAAAAGCCACGUCGACAAAAUCUAUGUAUCUAACGGAAUAGCUUUCAAUGACAAAAUUAAAAAAAUGUUCUAUGUCGACUCCUUAGGAGGUGGGGUUGAUCAGUUUGACUUCGAUGUUACUACUGCCACCAUCUCCAACAGAAUACCUUGGUUUGAUUUACAAAAACUGGGCAUUCCUGGGAUAGUGGACGGGAUGACCAUAGAUUCAGACGGUAAUCUAUGGGUCGCAGUGUCUAGAGGAAGUCGCGUCCUGAAAAUCGACGGUUAUAAAGCGCAAACUUUGCUCGAUACGAUCAAUUUUCCUACCCAAAAGGUAACUUCUGUAGCUUUCGGGGGAGCAAAUCUGGAUGAGUUGUAUGUGACUACAGGGCAUAUGGUGUAUGACGAAACGAAACCACGUGAUCCUGCAGCAGGUGCUAUUUAUAGAGUGACAGGACUCGGUGUUAAAGGAAUUCCAGCUGUUAAUUUUAGACUAAGUGUUUAAAUUUGGAGCAAUGUUGUGCAAUAUUGUGUACUUAAAAUAAAAUGUA